AUGCGCACUGCGAAACUGGAUGAUGGAGAUGAUGUCAUAGCUCCUAACAAGAGUGUAAGUGCCAACCUCAAGGAAGAGAUAAUAAGGCUCCAUUCACAAGGAAGCACAAUAGCAAAUCUAGAGGAGGAACUUGAUAAGAUGGUGAUGUCACUUCCAAGCAACAUCAAUGGUGGAGAUGAAACCCCAAAGAUCAAGAAUCAUCAUCAUCAUCAUCACUCAAAGAAGAAGAAGGUUCUUCCAUUAACGCCAAGCAGCUUAUCCAGUCGCCAGAGUUUCUUGAAAUCUUCGUGCUCUCCUCUCUCAGCUUCCAAGCAAGUCUUGGACUGUGGUGCUGAGAACAAAUCUUCUCAAGAGAACUACAACAAUUCUGCAACUAAGCCACAAGGAUCUGAGAAAGAGACUCCAAUGAAAGGGGAAGGGAGCGGAGAUGUGUCGUCAAGAGAAAGCACUCCAGGUUACAAGAGAUCAAGCUCAGUGAACAUGAACCUGUAUAGAAGAGCUUUGAGAAGAGAGAGGGAGUUUUUGGCGAGAAGGAUCAACUCGAGACUGACGCCUGAGGAGAGAGAGGAGUUGUACAUGAAAUGGGACGUGCCAGUGGAAGGGAAACUGAGGAAGCUCCAGUUCGUGAACAAGCUAUAG